CCGCGGUCCGCGCCUUUGUGCCCAGCGCGCGCUCUCCGUCCGCUCCGGCUGCAUCAAUAAUUCAGAGCGGCAGCGGCGGCGCCAGCGGCCGGUGCGGGCAGGAGGCGGCGGAAGCAGCGGGGACCGAGCGGCAGCGGCUAUGCAUCCAAGUGCGGCUGGGCAGCCGCGGCACCCCUGAGGCCCGGGCGGGGCUCCGGGAGCAUCGCGCGGGGGGCACGCUUGCCCGGGAGUGCGAGGAACAGCAGUAGGGUCCGGAGCGGCGUUGGCGGAGCUGCGCACGGAGCUGAGGAGGGGGCUUCGGAGCGGGGCUGGGGCGGGGGGGCGGCUGGCGCAGGCAGCCCCCGGGGUGGGGGGCGGGGUGGGCGCCGGCGCCGCGAUGCUGGGCGUCGUGGAGCUGCUGCUGCUCGGGGCGGUGUGGCUGGCGGGCCCGGCCCGCGGGCAGAAUGAGACGGAGCCCAUCGUGCUGGAGGGCAAGUGCCUGGUGGUGUGCGACUCCAACCCCACGUCCGAUCCCACGGGCACAGCUCUGGGCAUCUCUGUGCGCUCCGGCAGCGCCAAGGUGGCUUUCUCCGCCAUCAGAAGCACUAACCACGAGCCGUCCGAGAUGAGUAAUCGCACCAUGAUCAUCUACUUCGACCAGGUACUAGUGAACAUCGGGAACAACUUUGAUUCAGAACGCAGCACUUUCAUCGCCCCGCGCAAAGGGAUCUACAGUUUUAACUUCCACGUGGUAAAAGUCUACAACAGACAGACCAUCCAGGUGAGCCUCAUGUUAAACGGGUGGCCGGUGAUUUCAGCCUUCGCUGGUGACCAGGACGUGACCCGGGAGGCCGCUAGCAAUGGAGUCCUAAUCCAGAUGGAGAAAGGCGACCGUGCAUACCUCAAGCUGGAGCGGGGGAACUUGAUGGGGGGCUGGAAGUACUCGACCUUCUCUGGAUUCCUCGUGUUUCCCCUCUGACUGGCUCAGCGCCAAAUGGAGGCAGGGAGAGGGCGAAGGCAGGAGGGGGAAUUAGAAAGAGGCUGAAAUGUAGAGAAGGAGAAAGCGGCACGACUUGAAACUUCCCACAUGUUCCCCAGCUGUAUCCCGUGAAAGGUGUGCGCAGGCGGUCGGACAAUUUGUCCGUUUACUCAUUAAGAGAAGUAAAUUCCACUUAGCUCUGCGCACUCCCAUUUCCAAAAAUAAACUCGCCUCCCCCAUUUCAGUUGCAGUAAUGAAGACUGUCUUGCCAUUGUUUCUUCCCCCACGUUCAUGUUCCCUACGAUUUAUAGAAAAGAAACUUUGUAUUUCACUGUAUAAUGUGAAAUAUCUUCCUCCGCGGUCCCCUGCUGAAAUCUAAUAUGCCCCUCCCCCUUUUUAGUUGAGGGGGUAAGAUUUUUUUUUUUGUGGAUGGGGGAGGUAGUUUUAAUUUGGCAAGUGUUGCUCUUCUUAAAACACCGCUCAAGAGUUAAUUAGCUGAAGAUACUUUGUUUCCUCGGCUGCUUGUUAGCAGAGAAAGGACUCACCUUAGUGGUGACUGGUUUAAACAUAUAUAUAUAAAUAUAUAUCAUUUGUACACGAAGAACUCUUCCCAGUGGAAACUGGCUGUAUUUCCGUAUUUCUAUGUCCUAUUCGGAGUGAUCGUGAAAUCUAAGGCUGCUUGAUGUUCUGAUGCUUGUCGAUGCCCUCGUGUUCUGUGGCUCCACUAACCACCAGGAGGUUCUUCCGGGCGAUUCCUCGUCCUCUGUAACAUACGUGUGAAUAGCCAAGAUUUAAUUUUGCUUUAAUCCAAUAAAGUUGAAGUGGGAAUUUUA